UUUUAUCGAUGAAACCUGAGAGAGUCCUUCCCACGCAUCGUUUCAUCGUUGAUCGCAAAAUUUCUCGCGAUUGGAUCACUCUUCGUUUUAAUUAUCUCACGAAAGGCUUAAUUAAUUAACGUAAUCACUCUCUUCCCGUUUCCUCCCUCUCUUUCUCUCUCUCUCUCUCUCUCUCUCUCUAUCUCUCCUCCUUCUCUUUCUCCCUUUCUCCCUCCUUCCACCCUUCUCUCUCUCUCUCUCUCUCUCUCGCGCGCUCUCUCUCUCUCUUUUAUCCGAUUACGAUAUAAAUCCUACCCGACGAAAAUUCUCUCGCUGAUCGUAUUUGCUCGAUAUUAAACGAUCGAGCUUUGAAAUGUAUGAAGAUUGGCCAAUUGUUCUAUUUAUUUUUUGACACUUUUGUAAAUAGUGUCAAAUUUCUUGAAUGUUUUAAACAUUCAAACUAAACAUUCCCAAAGAAAUCCAAUAUGAUAGAGUUAUAAACGAAAUCGAUUUGUGUUAUCAUUUAAAAAAUUUUGUUUAUGAAUAUGAUUAUAUUAUUUGUCUAUAUUUCAAUGAUUGUAACUUUCAUUUAAUCUAAUUGUACCAUUUGUAUAUAUAUAUAUAUACAUAGAACAUACGUAUAUAUUGUACGAUACAGUUUAUGGUUAAUCGAAAUCAUGAAGUCAUAUUUUUUAUCAGAAACAAGUGCAAAAGUCGAAUUAAUUUCGAUCUUGAUGAAGACCCAAGAAUAUACUCGAAGAGAAAAAAGUAUCUGAAAUGUUUUCAUCGAGCCAUUAACCUCUAUAACUUUAAAAAUAAGUGAUAAGAUAAUAUUGCUUAUAUAUAAGUGAUAAGUGAUAAGAUAAAACAGAUUAACAUAUAUUCUCCAUAUUUUGAUAAUAUCGAUAUAAUAUAUAUAUAUAUAUAUAUAUAUUUAUUUAUAUAUAUGUGUUUGUAUGUGUGUGUGUGAGUGUGAUAUAUUGAAGAAAUAAAAAUUAUUGAAAGGAAGAAAGAUAAUUAAUCGUACGGGUUAUAAAAAAUAUAUUGGUCAUUACUUCUGGAUUAUAUGGAAAGCUCAAUAUUCGUCAUCGAUCAUCUCACGAAUGUAUCGAAAAUAUUUAUUAAAAACGAAGAAGAAAUAGAAGAAAAAAAAAAAACGAUUCUUACGUCGUAAUAAAAAAAAAAAAAAAAAAAAAAAAAACCUUCAAAAAGGAAAAUAUUAAUAAUCGAGCGAGAUGUCAUUGUUUUGCGGCAAGUUUGGUUUAAUAGUACUUUUCAUUUCCAUUUGUUGUCUUUAUAUAUUAUCGUUUUAUUUCGAUUUGAGAUUUAAGAACCUUCUAAAUUUCAAGUCAAAUCAAAUGAUCGAUCAUAAUAUGUAUGUGCAACGAUUGAGAGAUCAUAAGAUGUUCAAGAAGAUCCUCUUUUGGAAUGGAAUGUUUGGCGAUAAAAACUUUUAUUUCGGUGACGAUGAUAUCUUCAAAAAUUGCCAAUUUAACGAGUGUUAUGCCACUUACGAUAGAUCUUUCACUGAUGUGGAAAAUUUCGAUGCAAUAUUAUUUCAUGGUGUCGAAUUGAAUGAAAAUGAUUUGCCCAAGAAAAGAAAUAUUAAGCAACGUUACGUUUUCGUUAAUUUGGAAAGUCCAGAGAAUCGACCAAUCACAAAUGGCUUAUUUGAGAAUUAUUUUAACGAUACUAUGACUUAUCGAUUGGAUAGUGAUAUUGUUUGGCCUUACGGUUUUGUUCGUGACUUAAAAACCAAUAAGAUUGUUGCACCUUCUAUUGAUAUCGUUUGGGAUUUUCCUAAUAACGAUGAUAAGAGUAACAAAUUGUCUUCUGUAUAUCACUUAAAAGACACAACAAUUGCAAAUAAAAAAAAGGAGAUAGCUUGGUUGGUAAGUAAUUGUCCAGCCAAAAGUGGGCGUUUGGAGUACGUUAAAGAAUUAUCAAAGUACAUUAACGUGGAUAUUUAUGGACUAUGCGGCGAUGAUCAAACUUGUCCACAUUCACGUAAUUGUUUUAAAGAUAUAAUUGAGCCACAAUAUUAUUUUUAUCUCUCCUUUGAAAAUUCAUUGUGUAAGGAUUACGUCACGGAGAAACUUUACAAACCAUUGAGAUACAAUGUAUUGCCGAUCGUUUACGGAGGAGCCAAUUAUAGUCGAUUCGUACCAAAAGAUUCUUACAUCGACGCAUUAAACUUCGACAGUCCAAAAACAUUAGCAAUAUAUUUAAAACGACUUAUAACGAAUCCAAAAGAAUAUCGAGAAUAUUUUCGAUGGAAGAAACAUUAUCGCAUAGAAGAUUCUACAAAUAAUGUUGCCUGCAGUCUCUGCAAGUUUCUUCAUACCGAAAGAAAGAUAAAUACGUAUUCUAAAUUAUCAAAUUGGUAUAGUCGUAACAAAUGUCCUUUACAUAAGUUAUUGAAUAACAUGAAAUAUGUCACAAGAAUAUUAUUGAAUAUCAAGACUUAUAAUAAAACGAAUUAAAAAUUUAA